AUGAACCCUCCUUCAGGGCCAAGAGCCCCGCUGGGCCCGGUGCAGGAAUCCAGCUGCCUGGCCACCCCAGCCUCCUCCAGCAGGUGGGACAGCUCCCGGAGCAGCGCCUCCAGCCUGAGCCACCCUCCGUCCAUCAGCCCCACGGCAGUCAGGGCUCAGGCUGCUGCCUGGGUCCCCUUCCCCACGGUUGAUGUUCCAGACCACGCCCACUACACCCUGGGCACGGUGAUCCUCCUGGUGGGACUCACGGGGAUGCUGGGAAAUCUGACAGUCAUCUAUACCUUCUGCAGGAGCAGAGGCCUCAGGACUCCUGCCAACAUGUUCAUUAUCAACCUCGCGGUCAGCGACUUCCUCAUGUCCUUCACUCAGGCCCCCGUCUUCUUCGCCAGCAGCCUCUAUAAGCAGUGGCUCUUUGGAGAAGCAGGCUGUGAAUUCUAUGCCUUCUGUGGGGCUCUCUUUGGCAUCACCUCCAUGAUUACCCUGACGGCCAUCGCCCUGGACCGCUACCUGGUGAUCACACGCCCACUGGCCACCGUCGGGAUGGUGUCCAAGAGGCGGGCAGCGCUUGUCCUGCUGGGUGUCUGGCUCUAUGCCCUGGCUUGGAGUCUGCCGCCCUUCUUUGGCUGGAGUGCCUACGUGCCCGAAGGUCUGCUGACUUCUUGCUCCUGGGACUACGUGAGCUUCACACCGUCGGUCCGCGCCUACACCAUGUUGCUCUUCUGUUUUGUGUUCUUCCUCCCCUUGCUUGUCAUCAUUUACUGCUACAUCUUCAUCUUCAAGGCCAUCCGAGAGACGGGCCAAGCUCUCCAGACUUUCGGGGCUUGCGAGGGUGGCAGUGAGUGUCCCCGGCAGCGGCAGCGGCUACAGAAUGAGUGGAAAAUGGCCAAGAUUGAGUUGCUGGUCAUCCUUCUCUUUGUGCUCUCCUGGGCCCCCUACUCCACGGUCGCCCUGAUGGGUUUUGCUGGGUACGCACAUAUCCUGACGCCCUACAUGAACUCGGUGCCAGCUGUCAUUGCCAAGGCCUCUGCCAUCUACAACCCCAUCAUUUACGCCAUCACCCACCCCAAAUACAGACUGGCCAUCGCCCAGCACCUGCCCUGUCUGGGCGUGCUGCUGGGCGUGUCGGGCCAGCGCACUGGCCUGUACACCAGCUACCGCUCCACCCACCGCUCCACGCUGAGCAGCCAGGCCUCGGACCUCAGCUGGAUCUCCGGACGGAGGCGCCAGGCAUCCCUGGGCUCUGAGAGCGAGGUGGGCUGGACAGACACAGAAGCAACAGCUGCUUGGGGGGCUGGCCAGCAAGUGAGCGGAUGGUCCCCCUGCAGUCAGGGCCUGGAGGAUGUGGAAGCCAAGGCCCUUCCCAGGCCCCAGGGAAGGGACCCAGAGGCUCCCGGGAAGGCCAAGGGGCUGCUCCCCAACCUGGACCCCAGGAUGUAG